UUUUUAGCUUUGUGUCCUUGUAGUUAUAAAAUCAAUAUUGUUUAAACGUUUGGUAGUUACUGAUCAUACAUGGUAGUUUUUCAACGUCAUCAUCACUUUAUGGUUCAACGAUCUCUCUCAUUGUGUUGCACGGUUCAGCGAUCUCUCCUGUCAUCUUCUCUGGUUUAAGUAACGACAGACUAAAUUUGAACUUUUUGGAAAAACUUUUCUUCAAGUGUGUGAAAAAAAUUCAUAUUUACGGUUGAGUGGGUUUUGUCGUGGAUGAAUGGUUUUGUGCAGGUCAUAAUUGGAAAGGUCACAGUUGGGUGGAUUUCUCUCACACAAAAACACUGGUCACAACUGAGUGAUCUCUUCUCUUCACUCUGGCGGAACAACGUUUGACUUCGUACACCCGCUCCGUAUUCACAUCUGCCGGACUUCUCAAGUCAGACAAACAAGUUAUGGAGCAGGAACACGCAGGGGAGAGCAAUGGACAAAUUGGCCCAACAUCUGGCAAUAGUAAAUCUGGGACUAAACCUAUGAACGGGCGUGCUGGGGGCUCUAUGGGCCCCGGAUUAGCAAUGAAAAUACCUGGAAAACAGCCCCCAAGGGCCGCUUCAGCCCCGAAGAAGUCUCGACCGAUAAAAUCUAACGGAACGGGCAACAAGGAAGGUCAAAGUUCAGUGACUCUAAAUCUUCCAAACGGAGGAAAUAACAAUCAUACGGCACCGAAAAGUGCAAGAGACGGAAGAAGAGCUCAGAAAGAAGACAAAAAUCGUCUCAGCACUUCACCGGGAAGUUCGAGCACUGGCAAGGUUAAAAGUCGAGGGAGUUCUCGGAAUAAUUCUGCUUCACCUGUCGGACGGAUGGAUAGCGGGGACGCUCUGAGACCUGAACAGCAACGGCAAUCAACAUCUCAAAAUGAAGGCGGUCUCCCUCUUACUGAUGUAGAAGUCACAACACAAAACCUCAAACAACUGUUGCAACUUGGAAACCCUAGCAGAAUCGUGUAUAGCCGGAUUCAACUUCUCAAUAUUUCUGAAAAUCCUUCAUCAAGACAUCGACCCGACUGCCUGGAAGAAAGUUUCAAUGCCUCAAACGGACGAUGGGAUCCUGAGAACUGGCAUCGCUCACUGACAUCACCCGUGCCUACCCCAACACCCGGGACUGCUGGAACGGAAAAAGUUCGGAAAUUCUCAUUUUCAGAGAGUCGAGACAGAUUUCCUGACGAUGCCCCAGGCCAGGGAGGCGGAGGAAUAAUACUUGGUCCGCAGAGACGCAGCUUUCAAGAUGGUUGUCAUGUGACCAAUUCUACCACUUCACGGUUGAGUAAACAUCAUCUUCCAAGUCCAACUGAGCGCCAUGGUCGUCCACGUCUCGUUCUUCGACAGCGAUCCGAAACUGGGGGAGUUGACUAUGAAGGUUCCACUCCACCGAGUUUGCGACAAAUUGAGUCCGCAAGUAUUUCCAGGGCUUCGGAAGAGUUUGACUGGGACAGAAGAGGGGAGGGUCGCUUCAGAGGUGAUCGAGACCUGAGUGACCUUCGACCUGAACCCAGGGGUCGGGGUCAUCGAGAGUUACCAAGGGAUCUGCAUGAGCUCAGAAGUGAAUACGCAAGAGAUCACAGAGAUGGGGAUUACAGAGACAGAGAAUACAGAGAGAGAAAAUUUUCACAUUCUCGAGAUUUCAACAGCAGUAACUCCUGGUACCAGUCACAACAGAGGGAUAGACGAGAAAGAAAAUAUUCAAACCAUGAACCGGAACCGGAAUGGUACACUGCUGGUCCUACCAGUCAAUUUGAUACCAUUGAGCUGGCAGGUUUUGAGGAAGACACACCAGCGGCUGCUUCAGAUUUCAGUUCUUGGGGAGGGGAAAUACCCAUGGAGGAUUUAGAUGAGGGAGGAAAUAAGAAAGAAAAAAAACAAGACGAUGGCGAAGAGCUAGAGAAAGGUUUGGAAGGCAAUCAGAAAGCAGAAAAUGAAGAUAAAGGACAACAGCUAGAUGGUGCUAAAGAUCAAGGUUCGGAAUUGGAAGGGAAUAAUAUGGACCAAAAGGAGUUGGAAGAGAAGAAAUUGGCGGAUCUGGAUUUCAAUGAUUUGCUUGGAAUACCAGGAUUUUCAACUGUUAUGGAACAAAUUUUGAAGGAAAAUUCAGUGUCAGUCAGCCCUCGUGUGGAUGAAGUAUCAGCCGAACCUCAACCACAAGCUGGCCAUAAUGCACAGCAAGCGUCAUCGUCGUCGAGUCGAUUCAGCCAAUGGUUUCAGAGAGAUCAGAAUUUGAAAGAGAACGGAAGUGGAGGAUCUACUCCUCAUGAAGAACUUGAAAGUUUGGCAGAGAUUGCAGCUGAACGAGGUCUGGCUUCACCUGUGGAUGUUGAGUCUAAACAACAACAACCAAUAAAGGCCGACAUUAUGAAACUUCUCACUCAGAGUAAGUCUGGGAAUUCAUCUCCGAAAACUGAUAUGUUAUCGAUCGAACAACAACAGGAAUUAGCGAGAAAGUUACUCAUGCAACAGAUGAAAUCUGGGGCUGUCAUGAGCGUAGCAGAGCUGGAAGCGAAGGCUGGGGCUCGUCAGUCGCCUUCACAAACUUAUGGUGGAGUGGAUGUGCAGAACACGGAUGCCUUCAAUAAACUUGUUGCCUCUAUCAGAGAGAAGGAUAAAAUCAGACAAAGACAACAACUCUUGGCUCAACAACAACAACAGCAAGCUGCAUUGAAUCAAUUUCAAAUGAAGCAAAAUCUGGGCAUUCCCGGAGGGCGUAUCCCAUCCCCCGAAGAACUGGCGGCUCAUACUCAGAACAUCUUCCAACAGGCUUUGAUCAAGAAACAACUAGAAAAGCAGAAAGAUGCAUACAGAGAGAAAGUCAGACAAAUAGAACAACAACGUCGGGAAGAGCAACUUCGUGAAGCGAUACGAUCGGCUGAUGCCAAGAUUCAAGAAAGCAAACAAAUGAAUAAAAGCCUUGCAUUCAUGCCAACAUCAGUGAUGCGUAAAAUGCAAGAAGGUCGUGACAGCAAGCAAUCCCAACAAGACGAUGUCAUGGGAGCUGAAGCUGACGACUUGGCGUCCGCAACUGCUUCGUUCUCUGCAAAACUUGCUGCCAACAGCGGAAAGAAAGUUGAUCAGCCGGCAAAUGACUUACUCGCAAGAAUUUAUCAAAGUGCCAGCAUGAAUCCGUCUAAACAACAAAGUAAUCCAGGACUUCGACGCAACGCCAGUUUCCCGGAAGUUUUAUUAGAAGCGAACAAGCAUGGCCGAAGUAGUGCUUUCCACCAGCCUGCAAGACAAGGAAUGGCGGCAAAUAGUAUGGAUUUGAGCAAGAUAAGUGGUUCUAAUGAUCAAGAAAGAAUUAGAAACUUACUUGAAAUGCAGAGUGCAGCCUUGCUGAAUAAGCAGAUGCCUAAGCCUACAGCGCUGAAACAGCAGCCUAAUAGCCUUGCUGCUGAUAUUUACAACAACAAUAUGCUCAAGGCUGAAAAUCAGCAAAACUUUGCUGGUGCAGCGAAGCCUGACCCUGCUGCUGUUGACAAGCAUGAGCCUGACAUGUCAGAGCUUAAAAAUCAGCACGAAGUAGCCUUGCUGACACAAUUUGUGUUGAAUAAAUUUGGCAUAAACGAGGACCAGCUCAGCAGGCUCAACUCCCAGCAGCAGCAGGCUGUCGUCAACAUUGUUCAGGAACAGUAUUACCAUCUUCAGGUCCAGAAACAGAGACUUCUUUUGGAGAAGAAAUCGCCCAAAGAUCCGAACAACCCCAUGAGAAUCAAACAAGGAGAUCUACCCCCAACGAGUGUCACGAAAAACGACAUGAAAAAGCCGGAACCGCAACAAAUUGACCCCCGGACCACCUCACAACAGGGGUCAGCUUUACCUAAAUCUUCCACUGCUCAAGUACCAAGUUCACAAGGGGUUAAAUUCCCCCAACAACCCCCAAAUACGCUCCCUGGAAUGACCCAUGGUAUGCCGGGUCUAAUUCCAACCACAAACCCACAAUUGCACCCACUUCAACUUCGCACUCUGGUCCCCCCACCCAUGCAAUUUUUACCCCCACCCAUGGCACGGGGCCCAACUAUGAUCCCCACAAUUCUCCCCCCUCAGACCCACAUGCAAGGACGUAUCAUGCCCCCACCCCCACCCCCGAAUGUUCCGUUAGCAUCCCCACUGGGCCCCCCUUACCAAGCAGCAGCCUUGAUGCACAUGCAAAUCUACCAACAACAGCAGCACAGAGCCUUGCUGGCAGCAGCAGCCCUACAGCAGCAGCAGCAGUUACAGGCUCAGGCUAUUCAUGCAGCAGCAAGACAACAACAACAAAAUAUGAGAGACAACCGGGGCGGUGCUGAUUUCUCCAAUCCCCUUGAGAAAUGGUUUGGGCGUGAUGUUCUCAGCCAAUCACAUAUGCCUGCUCCCGUUUUAAACCAAUCACAAAUCCAGAAUUUUGGACAACGCCCGAUGACCUUGAGUGACAUUGAGAGAAUCAAUCCGUCGAACCAAAAACAGGAAUAAAGAUUUCACACAUAACUGCCAAACGCUACCGAUACUUCGCUAUGGCCGAUACUCCAACUCCCACGAACUUGAAAAAAAACAAACUGAACUACGCCCUUUAGUGGCAAAUCAUGUAUAUAGAAUUACUUUUUAUAUUAUAUUACAAUGUAGCGUGUGUGCGUGUUGGUGUUUUUUUAUUAUUUUUCGUGAUUUCAAUUUUCUAAAUAUUUCCAUUGGUUUGGUUUUUGACCAAACUUUUCCAAUAUCAAAAUGUGAUUUGUGAUCCGGAAAUAGAAUUUGAGUCAUACAUACACAAAACAUUGAAACGCAGUCAUAUCACGACACGUUCUUUGAGGAGAGCGAAGUAGAUUGCAAAUCACUCAACAGCGUUCUGUUACCUAUUAUGGAUGAAAAUUAUCAAUUCUGACAACUUCGUGACAUUUCAUUGAGGAAAGGAAAGUUGAUCAGGUUAAGCAACAUGAAUCUGGUCAACCUUAUACACUUAACCACGAUCAGAUUAAAAUCUGGCAUCAGUACUUGGAGAAAAAUUGAAAUCUGGCAACAGUGACUUCAAAAAUUAAUAUCUGGUAGCUACAACUGCAAAAACAAAGAAAUCUGGCAACAGAACCUGCAAAAACAAUGAAAUCUGGCAACAGCCUGCAAAUGAAAAUUUGAGUAAAAUGUUAAGUCACAUACACCAUAACAUUGACUAAACGUUAUACCUAGAUAACUAUAUGGUUUAGAAAGUUAUUUUGGGUAGUUGUGUUGAGAGUUUAUAACUUUGUAAAUAUAUUAUUAAUCCAUCCAGGGCAAAAUAUGAGGGGUUAGGCUGCAAGUUGUUCCUUGCAAGAAUUCUGUGUAUUUUCGGUUGAUUUUGAAACUGGAUGUCGAAAUUUUCAAACAUUGAUUGAAAUCUUGAAAAAUCGAUCGAAUAUUUCAUCAGAACCAGAAUUAGUAAUUAUUUCCUCCUGAAAUCAAAAAGGAUUCAAAACAAAGUUCCAUCCUAUGACACAAGUACAGAUAUUAUGAUAAAACAAUGCAAAGCUUUGUCACCAGCUGUAAUGUGUUUUAUAGUUCUUCCAUAAAACGUUUCGGAAAUAUAAUCUUGAUGCCAUUUUUGAUAUUUUAAACUUGUGGCCAUCAAGCUUUGGAAAUUAUGAUAGAAUUUCACGGCGUUUGACUUUUGACAGCCUCUUCCAUAUAAUGGACUGGUUACUGGAUGAUAGGGUAUGGUUCGGACGUCUUAUGGACUUUCCCUUGGAUAAAUAGAGAAAUCCUGUCUUAUGAUACUAGUUUUACAGAGUUUGCUUAAGACAAAAUUCCUAGCUCUUUUGACCACCAUCUGUUGUGUAUUUGUAUAUGUGAGCCAAAUUGAGUUAAUGUCUCAUAAAUUAAAUUUGAAUACUUUUCAGAAACAUGACUUCCAGACUGUUUUAAUUAUUUUGAAAUUACUUAUAUUCCCAGAGAGAUGCAAUAUUGCACAGCCUUUGACUUGUGACGCGCCUCCCAUAUGAUGGUCAUAUAAUGAUAACUGGUCAAGCUGUCUUAUCGACUUUCCUAAUUUUAUAAAAUAAUUUGAUAUAAAUUUCAGAGAAUACUGCCAUUUCAAUAUUUAAAAUCGUGAGCCAAUCACACUUCUGUGAUUUUCAUGGAACUGGCUAAUUUCCUUAUACGCUGUAAGAUAUGAUAUUGCCUCCCUUCUGUCUCUUAUAUUAAUGGAUUGACCCAUGUUCUAUGUUGCAUGCCUCACCUCUUUAUAUUUUGCCCUGGUAAUCCACCUUUUGUACAUAGAUCACCUCAUGUUUUUUGCUUGACUGUGAAUUUUUGUGCACGGUUAUUUUUCUCGUCACCCCGUUUUGUGGUCAGUACUUGUUUUUGGUUGAACAGAUACCCAGCAUUGGAGUCUGCAACUGCUUAAUGAAUAUUACUGAUAGGUUGCGAGCCAUAAUACUAAAAUUAUGAAUCAUAUAAAACAAGGCAAGAAUUGUUAUUUCAUUGUUGAAAAUUUCACAAACCUGCAAUUUUGAAAAAUGAAAUAUUCACAUUUCUCCAUAGGAAAAUCUUAUUUCCAAAAGCAACGAUUUUAGAAUUUGUUUUGAACUAACUGUAAGUUCUCUGAUUUGAUUUUUAUUAUAUAAAAGAGGCAUCACAACACACUUUGGUGCCUAUUGGACCUUAGAUGGUGCUCAUUAGUCACCAGGGGGCGCUCACUAGUCACUGGGUGUUGCUUAUCUGUAUGAGCGGCACUUCAGGAUUUGAACCAAUUUUUAUUUACCAAAUUGGCCUCUAGUUGGCAGUCAACUUCAAUUCUACAAUGAAUUGCCUCCCCAUUCACAUGUUUCUGACCAAAGCAUUUACUGACCCUCUGUACAUAGUUGUGUAGCAAGGCCUGCCUGUAGAAAUUUUUGCUUUUUCACUAUUUUCUCCGUUUAUUUUUUCUAUUUUGUGUAUCUUUUUUGUUAUCGCCAAAUUUCUUUUGACAUUGUUUUUUUUUCUGAUAUAUCUGGUUUCAAUGUGAAAUAAUUUUUUCUUCCCGAUGUUUUUUUUCGGGGAGUGUUUUUCUGACUAUUCAAAAAAAAUUGGUUUCUUCAAGCUCUACAGAAAAACUUCUUUUUGUCGACAUCUUUUUUUUUUGAAAAUCACUGAAUAACACGUUUAAUUGGAACUGUUGUUGGAUUUUUGCUAAAAUUUUGGAAGAACUCGGGAAUUUGAUCGAGUUUUUGAACAAUAACUUAGCGUCCAAAUUUUGUUUUUUUUUUGACAAAUUUAAAAAAAUUUCCUUCAAAUAUCAUAUAUGACAAAUUAAGUUGAAUAAAUAUGACAAAAAUUAAAAAAACAGUUUUCCUAAAUUUUCACAAAGUUUCUGAAUUUUCAUCACAAAAAUAAAAAGUUCCGUAACUGUUGUCAUUUUUGAGGUGUUUUUGUAAAUAAUUUUUGUUUGUUUUUGAUUAUAUUUUGUUAUUAUGAUUUUGAAGGUCAUCCUAUUGAUUCAAGGUCAUUUCCUCCGACCUUGAGAGGAAAAUUGCUAAUUAAGUUCAUAUUCUAAUUAUUUGCGAAUUUCCGAAAUAUUUACAUGAUUCGUCAUUACAAAAUGAAAAAUUUAAAAAAUUUCUAUUUUUGCGACAUUUUUAGAAAAACACAAGUGAAAGUUCUUGGUUUUUAUGUUUUUCGUAAAAAAUAUCGAAUAUUCGGGAGUUAUCUAUAAAUUUUAAUACACUUUUAGUUUUGCACUGUGAAUUUUUCCGUUUAUAAUGUAAAUAACCCGCUGAGUACCGAGUACUAGUGUCACAAAAACAUAAAAAGCAAAAAAAAAAAUCGAAAAAAUGUAAAUAAAUUUUGUGUGUGUUUUUAACUGUCGAAAAAUUUCAGUAAAUUGGUUUAUUUUUUGUGUAAUUCUUGUACAUCUACUGAAUUACCAUUAAGAAAUACAAUUUGCUGUUUUUUUAAAUAGCUCAUGCUCUAUAUAAACUCUGAAGUAGGCAAAAACUGCAUUGCUACAGAGUUGGUUAUCUGUAAAUAAUGUACAUAGCGUUUCUUUGCAAUAUAUUUUAGUUGCUAUGGCAACUUUUGUCGCCCCUGGCAACUGAACGUGUGAGUUUCUUUGGCUAUAUUUUUAUGUAUGUUGCCAUGGUGAUAACGGUAGCCUGGUAACCUGUCAAUUACCGUUGCCAUGGUGACAUCGUACCAUAGCAACCAGUCUUUGUUGUGGUAAUGAUUUGCCAUGGUAACCCGUUUAAUUACUGUAUAUUUCCAAAUUUGUAGUUCAAUUAUAUCAUCAUAAUUUCUUAUCAAUGCUUUCGUCAUGGUAACGUUUGUUCCAUCAUAAUUAAUAUUUCUAUGUCGUAAUGGUAGUUGUAAGCUGGGCCCAAAAACGGAAGAAACUUUUUUGGCCAUAGUCUUAUUUUUGAGAUGGAAUUAAAAAAUGUGAUGUCAUAUUAUUAGACUGUGACAUCACAAUACUGUAUCAAGGCUUGAAGGGGCUUACCCCUCCCAGUAAAUACAACCUCUACUAUAGUGUCAAGGGCCCAGCUUCAAUGUAAAUAUUGUUGUAUAUAGACUUUGUUGUAAAUACUAUUUUAAAAAUGUGGAUUUCCCGGAACCCUCACGGCUUGCAAGCUUGAAUAAAUUCGACCCUGCGACAUGAAAAUCUCAUAUUUACCUUUUUUUUUAAAUAUCACCCCAACAGACUCUCAGAUAUGUUCAAAAAUUUACAUCCCAGUUACUAACUUCUCAAAAAAAAAGAUUCAAAAAAAAAAUAUAUUUUGCACUUUUUCAAUUUUAAAUUCAACUCCCAAGAUUUUUCGAAUUCCAGAUUAAUUCGAAAAUUUCUACAAAUGACAAUUCAAUUCUUCAAUGAGGUCUUGUAAUGCUGUGAAGGGUAAAUCAAUACACUAGAAUGGGGGUGAACCAGCUUUUUAUGUGACGUUUCCACUAUGAACAAGGCCUAUCACAAGCAGCCAUUGAAAAAUAUUGAGCCACCAAACACUAGUCCCGGACAUUACCAUUCAUAUACCAGUGAUGGGUAAAAUUCCCUGCACCCCAGGUAAUAAGCCAAAAUUGAGUCCCAAUCGAGUCGAUCACUGAGUCAAGUCUCACUGGCGGUUUCUUGAUAAGUGCCAUUUUAUUUAGAUGAUUCAAGGACCACAAGUUCAGCCAAUGUUAAAUUCGACACUAUUAUAGCGAAUGCGAUUAGUAUCGUCACAGUAAAUUUUGCAAAAAAUUCAUUGCUUGCAUCGUGCAUAGUCCAAGUUCGUCAGUUAUAUUGACCUGGUAAACUUCUAAUAUGUGGAAUAUGAUUAUGCUCUUUGUUUUUGAAAAAUAACACGAUCACAGAAAAGCCAACAACUAUUUAGAAUUAUGGUGAAUCAUCAUACACCAGUAAAUACUGAUUUGAGACUAGCAAAAGUUCCUGAAUUUUUGUUAUGCAGAACGAGAUGCAUUAGAUUGGUUAUGGCUUUUCCGACCCCGUAUCCGCCAACCCCACCCUAGUGUUCCCAUAUCUGUUUUUUUCACUCCAUUCUAGUGUUCCUAUAUAUCAAUUUGUUGUAAAUAGUCGUGGUGUGGACCUAUCAUUAAUAUUGUACAUAAUAUGUCUAGUGUACCCGUUGUAGAUGUCCUCCCUUUAGGGAAUUCCCUUCAUUGUUUUAUUAAAAGUGAGGAGGACAUCUCAUCUGGUUUGUGUAUAUACAUAGUGUCGUAAGAUUGUGUGGAGACUGAGCACAUAUGAGAAUCGAAUGCUUUUUCAUAAAUAAAUAACUCUCCCCCUACUCUCCCAAAAAAAGUUGUUUUAAAAAAAUCCAAAAUGAUAAUAUUUUUUCUCCUAAUCAAACCAUACAGUUUGAACUGCCGAAGUUAGUAUUUUUCUGGUGAUUUUCAGUUGUGCAGAUAAUGAAACUAAAAUUUCAAGCAUUUUCAGAAAGCUGUUUUUAAAUAUCUAAGUUGCACUGAUAGCCCACUGGCAUUUACUACUCUGCACUGAGAGAACUGGGCAAUGUGUUGUCAUCAUGCUACAAAUGACAUCAUAAUAUGAAAUGAUGUCACAAUGAGGAAUGGCAUCCCAAUUCAUAAAUACGGUGGAUCCCCCAAAACCUCCCCCCUUUUCUUCCUCUGUGCUUGGUCUCUUCAUUGUGAUAUUGCGUGGUCGUUUUUGUACAGAAAUUAUAGUUCAAAAAAAAUUUGGUGGAAAAUUAGGUAUCCAAGGACCAAACAUGGUUAUUGCAUAACUUAUCUUGUGUUAUGUAAUUCUUAUGUUUGGGCCGAGGAUAAUAUGGAUGAAACUGAUAUGGAAGAGUAAAAUUAACUUGCUUUUGAAUGUUUGUUCAAUUACAUAUGAAAGCACGUUAAUUUAACUGGUUUCUUUGUAUUGGAGAGGAGAUUUCAUAAAAUUCGGAAUAAAAAUACAGUCUAAGAAUUUC